CUGAAUUUUUGAAGGAUGUAAGUGUUUCAGUUUCGAUUUAAAAAAAAUAAAAUAAAAUCCCAAACAUACCCUUAAACUCCUCGAAAUUUACGACCCUAAAAUCCUCCACCUCGAAUUCGGAAAGACUAAGGUGGACCGAAGUCACGUCUUCAUCCGUUUCGGUCGGCUUUAUUGGGGAUUCGUGUUUUGUAGUUUAAAGAUGCCCACUAAGUGACCGAUUCUCCUUUGUGUUUUAGCGCAUAUGCAGUUCCUCACUGUUUCUUUACUGGAAUCGCGAAAUUUAGGGUCAACGAUAUCGUCUUUUCAAGUUGGUUUUCUUGAGCAGUCCUAGGAAUAUAUGCAAAAAGAAUGGAUAUGAAAUCAAAGAGGAGAACUGUUAUAGAGAGUGGAGAUACGGGAGAUGACAUGGUUUUAGCAAAUUUGAUCGUGAAUGGAGAUGAUGUUGGUCCUCUUGUUAGGCAUGCCUUUGACAUGGGGCGACCUGAAGGGCUUCUUAACCAGCUGAAUUAUGUUAUGAAGAAAAAAGAAACUGAAAUUGAGGAAAUAUGCAAGGCACAUUAUGAUGAGUUCAUCCUUGCAGUUGACGAACUUCGUGUUGUGUUACUUGAUGCUGAAGGGCUCAAGAGUGAGCUCCAAAGUGGUAAUUGUAAGUUGCAGCAGGUUGGAAGUUCCCUUCUUGUUAAUCUUGAGGAACUUCUUGAUUCUUAUGCGAUCAAGAAGAACAUUACUGAAGCUAUAAAACUGUCAAAGCAUUGUAUUCAGGUGUUGGACCUCUGUGUAAAGUGCAACGAUCACAUUUCUGAAGGCCAGUUUUAUCCUGCUUUUAAAACUCUGGAUUUAUUAGAGAAAAAAUACUUGCAGAAUAUUCCUGUCCAGAAACUCAAAAUGGCUAUAGAGAAGAGAAUUCCUGUAAUAAAAUUGCACAUUGAGACAAAAGUAUGUAGUCAAGUUAAUGAAUGGCUGGUCCAGAUAAGAAGUUCUGCCAAAAAUAUUGGACAAACAGCCAUUGGUCAUGCUGUUUCAGCUCGGCAGAGGGUUGAGGAAAUGCUAGAACAGGAAAGAAAGGCUGAGGAGCAAAAUAUUUUUGGGGCUGGGAAGCUAGCAUGUACAUUGGAUGUUGAAGAAUUUGAUGAAGAUUCUGUUUUAAUGUUUGAUCUCACUCCUCUUUAUCGUGCUUGUCAUAUUCAUGAUUGCCUGGGAAUCUCAGAAAAGUUUCAUGAAUAUUACUAUGAAAACAGAGUGUUACAGUUGAAAUUAGACUUGGAAGUGUCUUCAACACAGCCUUUUGUUGAAUCAUACCAAACAUUUUUCGCUCAAAUUGCAGGGCACUUUAUAGUGGAGGAUAGGGUCCUGAGGACUGCUAAGGGCCUCUUGGUAGCUGAUCAGGUUGAAAAAAUGUGGGAAAUUGCUGUAGCUAAAAUUACAUCAUUGUUGGAUGAGCAAUUCUCUUGUAUGGACUCUGCUACCCAUAUUCUUCUUGUGAAGGACCAUGUCACGCUUCUGGCUUCUUCUCUUAGACAGUAUGGAUAUGAUGUAGGUCCACUUCUUGAGGUACUUGAUAACAACUGUGACAAAUAUCAUGCACGUCUUUUGGAAGAAUGUUGGCAGCAAAUUGUUGAUGUGCUUAGCAAUGACGUGUACAAGCAGAUGGUGAUAAAAAAGGAUACUGAUUAUGAGAAUAAUGUUCUGUCAUUUAAUCUUCAAACUUCAGAUAUUUUGCCUGCAUUUCCAUAUGUUGCACCAUUCUCAUCCAUGGUACCAGAUACUUGUCGCAUUGUGAGAUCCUUUAUCAAAGGAUCUGUUGACUACUUGUCUCAUGUUGUUCGUAUAAACUUUUAUGAUAUUGUGAGGAAGUAUUUAGAUAAGUUCUUGAUUGAUGUAUUAAACAAAAUAUUACUUGAUACUAUAAAUAGAAAUAGUAGUAACGUGUCUCAAGCCAUGCAGAUUGCUGCAAACAUAUCUGUUCUUGAAAGGACUUGUGAUUUUUUCCUUCAACAUGCUGCUCAACUAUGUGGUAUCCCAAUUCGGUCAGUUGAGAGGCAUCAAGCUACUUUAUCUGCAAAAGUGGUACUGAAGACAUCAAGAGAUGCAGCUUAUGUUGCUCUACUGAGUUCAGUGAACAAAAAUGUGGAUGAGUUCAUGGCUAUUACGGAAAAUGUUAAUUGGACUUCAGAAGAGGUAAGGCACCAUGGAAAUAACUAUAUGAAUGAAGUGAUAUAUUACCUUGACUCUGUCAUGUCCAUGGCACAGCAAAUUUUACCAAUGGAUGCUGUGUAUACAGUAGGGGUUGGAGCACUUGAGCAUAUUUCCAAUUCUAUUGUGGCAGCUUUCCUUAGUGACAGUGUCAAGAGAUUUAAUGUGAAUGCCAUUGUCGGUAUCGACAAUGACCUUCAGACAUUAGAGACUUUUGCAGAUGAGAGGUUCCAUGCCGCUGGAUUGGGUGAAAUUUACAAGGAAGGUGGUUUUAAGAGCUGUUUGGUAGAAGCACGGCAACUAAUCAAUCUUUUGCUAAGCAGUCAGCCUGAGGACUUCAUGGACCCUGCUAUGAGAGAGGAAAAUUACUAUGCGUUGGAUUACAAGACAGUUGCUGCAAUCUGUGACAAAUUCAAGGAUGCUCCAGAUGGGAUUUUUGGAAGUCUUUCAGCUAAAAAUGCAAAGCAGAGUGCUAGAAAGAAAUCAAUGGACAUGCUCAAAAAACGACUAAAAGAUUUCAGUUGAAGCUUGAAUUGGUGAUGUAUUCUUUCAUUCAGAGUAGGUCACGUUUGUAAUGUUCUGAUGUGGAUGCAUAAAUCUUGAAAUAAUAUUUAAGUCUUAUCCUGUAAUUUAUUUUUGAAAACCAUAUAUUGCUUCACCAUGCUUCCUCUGCACACACAAAUGUUCAUUAUUUAGGCAAGAACUUCUGAUCUCUUGAUUACA